UAAGACUUAACCCUUUAUUAAAAAAUGGUUCCUAAAGUUCAUGAUGGUCUUGAAAUGGCUUUAUCUAGGAAUGAGAAUUGGAAGAAACGUAUGCAUGUUCUAAGUGAGAGACUUAAAAGGAUUCCUUGUUUGGUUUGGAAGACUACAUGGAAAGUGGGAUGUGAUGAUCCAAGAAGAGUGAUCCAUGCAUUCAAAGUAGGUUUAUCUCUUACUCUUGUAUCAUUGCUUUAUCUUUUGGAGCCACUCUUUAAAGGGAUUGGCCAGAAUGCUAUUUGCGCUGUCAUGACCGUCGUCGUGGUUUUUGAGUUCACUGCAGGGGCAACUUUAUGCAAAGGACUAAAUAGAGGAUUGGGGACACUAUUAGCAGGAUUGUUGGCAUUUCUUCUUGAUUAUGUUGCAAAUGCUGCUGGUCAGAUCCUUCAAGCUGUUUUCAUUGCAGUUGCAGUUUUUAUAAUAGGAUCUGCAGCCACUUAUAUGAGGUUCAUUCCUUCUAUAAAGAAGAAUUAUGAUUAUGGUGUUGUUAUUUUUCUCGUAACCUUCAACUUGUUAACUUUUUCGAGUUACCGCAUUGAUCAUGUCUUGAAGAUGGCACAUGACCGCAUAUACACCAUAGCCAUCGGCUGUGCCGUGUGUCUCUUGAUGAGUCAUUUGGUAUUUCCAAAUUGGUCAGGGGAAGAUCUCCAUAAUGCCACAGCUUUCAAACUUGAAGGCCUAGCCAAAUCUAUAGAAGCUUGUGUCAAUGAAUAUUUUUAUGGAGAAAUUGAAGCCUCUCGUGAUAUAAAGUCGUCUGAAGAUCCAAUAUACAAAGGUUAUAAGGCUGUUUUGGAUUCAAAAUCUACCGAUGAAACAUUGGCAUUACAUGGAAGUUGGGAGCCAAGGCAUUCUAGGUACUGUCACAAAUUUCCAUCGAAACAGUAUUUAAAAGUUGGAAUUGUUCUUCGUCAAUUCGGGUAUACAAUGGUAGCCCUAAGUGGUUGUUUGAGAACAGAAAUUCAGGCACCGCAAUCUGUUCGAGUUCUGUUCAAGGACCCUUGCAUAAGACUAGCAGCAGAGGUUUCAAAGGUACUAAUAGAACUUGCCAACAGCAUAAGAAGUCGACGCCAUUGCUCACCAGAAAUACUCUCUGAUCAUCUUCAUGAAGCACUGAAAGACCUCAACACUGCCAUAAAAUCUCAACCAAGACUCUUCUUAGGCUCCAAUGACAUCCAAGCCAACAACAUACUCGCCUCCAUAGCUGCCUCUCAGGGAAAAAGCUCACUGUCAAGCGUUAAAAUCGAUUCUUCAGCUUUGUUAGAUUGGAAAACCAAAAGGGUAUCUUCUGAACAGACAAAGGAAGCAGAACAAGGAGCAGAACGUAAGGUGUUGAAAAAAAGCCAGACGAGUAGAAUUGCGAUUACUAGUCUUGAGUUUUCUGAAGCAUUGCCUUUUGCUGCUUUUGCUUCUUUGCUUGUGGAGACGGUGGCGAAACUGGACUUGAUAAUUGAUGAAGUUGAAGAACUUGGGAGGUUGGCUUGUUUCAAAGAGUAUAAACCUGGUGACGAGUUUUGUGUUAGUUGCGAGACACCAAGAGUUAGUGUGUUGGAGAAUCACUUACCUUCUCAUGGAGAAGACUGAUUCUGUGUGUGUAGGACUA